AAUAUGUGUGGCAUAGCAAAUGGCUACCCAGCCAGGACCCCUCACGCAAUGGCCAUGGCAGAAGCUUGGCAAUAUGAAGUAUUUGCUGUUGGGUCCAUGGCUGGCACACAGCGUGCGCAACUUCAUGGUGAGAAAGCCAGGCGAGCGGGUCACGUUGGACCUGUUCGUCUUCCCCAUACUGCUGCUGCGGCUGCUGCUCGGCCAGCUCUGGAUCACCGUCUCCCGUCUUCAGACGGCCAGCAGCAGGCAUCGCAUAGUGGAAAAAAGCCUCGAGUUCGAACAAGUGGACAGAGAAAGGAACUGGGAUGACCAGAUCAUCUUGACGGCUCUCAUAUUUUACAUGGCAAAUCAGCUCAUUCCUGGAUUGCCACAUUCACCCUGGUGGGACUCUAAAGGAGUGUUCCUCUUGGCAGCUCUUCAUGCAGGCCCCGUGGAGUUCCUCUACUACUGGUUUCAUCGAGCUCUGCAUCACCAUUACCUCUAUUCUCGUUACCAUUCCCAUCACCACGCUUCCAUCGUCACAGAGCCCAUAACAUCUGUGAUCCAUCCGUUUGCUGAAGAGCUAGUUUACUUCCUGCUCUUCUCAAUUCCUUUAGUAGCCCUGGUUUCAACUGGAACAGCUUCCUUGGCAGCAGGAUUUGGGUAUUUGAUUUAUAUCGAUUUCAUGAACUACAUGGGGCACUGCAACUUUGAGAUGGUGCCGAAGUGGCUGUUCAAUGCCUUUCCCGCUCUGAAGUACUUCAUGUACACUCCCUCGUUUCACUCCCUUCAUCACACCAAAUUUCGAACUAACUACUCAUUGUUCAUGCCCAUAUAUGACUACAUAUAUGGGACAAUGGACGAGUCUUCGGAAGAGUUAUAUGAAAAGUCCAUGAUAAAAAUGGAGGAAAUUGUCGAUGUUGUUCAUCUGACCCACUUGACCACUCUGCAAUCCGUGUACCAUUCACGAAUUGGCUUUGCCUCAUUAGCUUCUAAGCCAUACAGCAACCAGUUCUACUUGUGGAUUCUGUUCCCCUUCUCAUACGCAUUGGUGCUUGUAGCUUCGAUAUUUGGGACUACCCUCACCGUAGAGAGGAAUAAGUUAAAGAAACUGCAUACGGAGACAUGGCUAGUGCCGAGAUUCACCUUCCAAUAUUUAUCAGCCAUUGGAAAAGAGAAAAUAAAUGACAUGAUUGAAAAUUCUAUAUUGGAAGCAGAUAAGAUGGGCGCCAGAGUUAUAAGUUUAGGUCUGCUAAACCAAGAUGAUGAACUGAAUGGAUAUGGUAGGCUUUAUGUUAAAAGGAAUCCCAUGCUGAAGGUAAAAAUAGUCGACGGAACUAGCUUAGCAACGGCAGUGCUUCUGAACCACAUCCCGGAAGAAACAGAGAGUGUUCUUCUUGUAGGAAGAGUUUCUAAGUUGGCUCUCUCUUUGUGCUUGGCCUUGUCUCGUAAAGGAAUCAAGGUAGAGGUGGACGACGAAGAAAAAUACUCAAUUUUGAAGCAAAAAAUGGCACCUGAACUCGAGAGCUUGUUGGUUUUAUCUGGGUGUUGUGAAAGCGAGAUUUGGCUGUGUAGCGAUGGAACUAGUGAAAAGGAACUGAAGAAGGCCCGAGAAGGGACUCAUUUUAUUUCCGUUUCUCAGUUCCCUCUAAAAACGACACGCGGGGAUUGCUUUUAUCACUGCACACCUGCAAUGCUGGCCCCAAAGGCAUACGAGAACCUGCACGCUUGUGAGAAUUGGUUGCCAAGGAGGGUGAUGAGCGCGUGGCGUGUGGCUGGAAUAGUGCAUGCGUUAGAAGGGUGGGACACACAUGAAUUCGGUGACGUGGUGACCGACGUGGACAAAGUUUGGCGAGCUGCUCUUGCCUAUGGCUUUCUUCCAUUUGAUACCAUUAAUUCUCUUGCAAAAUAGUAAUCAACAUGGAAA